UGUUUUUUAAAAAGCCCCUCUUCUCUUCUUUCCCCCCUUAAUUUCAUUGUCAUGCAGAAGCAGAGAGGGAUUUAAAUGAGUGGGGCAGGUGCAUUUCCACAGAGCCUCAUGAAUAGACGCUCCCCAUUAAGCACGCUCGGCUCUGAAGCGCUCAUAAAUAAGAGCUGGCAGCGCUGAUUACAAAAAAAAAAACGCACCUUAGGGCUUCUCCCCCUCCUCCUCCAUCUCAGUCCUUUCUUUCUUUCUGUCUGAUGGGCUUUUUUCUCGACAUCAUUCAGCUUCAAAGGAAGGAAACUAAUAGGAAACGGAUGAUUCCUUCGUCUUCUUGUUUUUCUUUCUGAGGAUAUGAGAUCAUUUUUUUCCAUCAUUGAAAAUUUCAGAUGUUUUCUGUCUCACGUUUGUAAUCCUUGCACAGCAAAUCCUUGGGACUGCUUCCUGCUGAGACGCAAGAGAUCUAAAGAGAAGCCUGCAUCAAAACAAGCCAGAAACAUUACAGCAUCUUCCGCUGCUGCAGACUGGGUUUCGCCUGCAAGUUUUUCUUAUUAAGUGUAGGACUUAUCCGGGACAGACGGAGGGAAUGGGAUACCCGGGCAGAGGAUGGGGAGGAUGGACUCUCCUGCUUUGGCUCGCUGCUCUCAGCCUGCUGCUGGCUGAGGGACGGAGAAUAAGACACUUCAGAUGUCCCCCAGGAUGCACUUGCACCAAAGACAAUGCCCUGUGUGAGAAUGUCCGAUCUGUCCCUCACACUUUCCCAUCGGACGUCGUCUCACUGUCUUUUGUCAAAUCUGGAUUUAACGAAAUCACAGGAGGAAGCUUUGUUCACUCACCUAACCUACAACUCCUACUCUUCACAGCUAACUCCUUCGACCUCAUUGAUGAAGAUGCUUUUCAGGGUUUAACACACCUCGAGUACUUAUUCAUUGAAAACAACAGGAUUGCAUCAAUAUCCCCGUAUGCUUUUCGGGGCCUGAAAGCACUGAUACACUUGAGUCUGGCUUACAACAACCUGGAAACCCUUCCUAAAGAUGUUUUCAAGGGCAUGGACGCUUUGACUAAAGUAGAUCUGAGAGGCAACAAUAUGAUUUGUGAUUGCAAGUUGAAGUGGUUGGUGGAGUGGAUGCAUCACACCAAUGCCACCCUGGAUGAAAUAUACUGCAGCGGCCCACCCAUUCACCAAGGCAAGAAGCUGAAUGACCUGCUGCCGCACUCUUUUGACUGCAUCACUACAGAGUUUGCUUCCUAUCAGCUACUGAAGUUUGAGUCGAUUUCAGUGGAYGCCUUUACUUUUGGAAACGAGGAGUACGUUGUGUUUGCUCAGCCUUUUGCUGGAACCUGCAGCUUCCUGGAAUGGGAUCACGUUGAGAUGACUUUCAGAACUUACGACACUAUAGAGAGCACUUCCACUGUUGUCUGCAAGCCAAUGGUGAUUGACAACCACCUCUUCAUCAUUGUGGCCCAGCUGUUUGGAGGCUCCCACAUUUACAAACGAGACUCCUCUGCCAACAAGUUCAUCAAGAUCCAGGACAUUGACAUCCUGAGGAUCCGUAAACCCAAUGACAUCGAGACGUUUGUGAUCGACGGAGAGUCUUUCUUUGUCAUCGCCGACAGCUCUAAGGCUGGUUCCACAACUGUGUACAAAUGGAACGGCAUUGGUUUUUAUUCCCACCAGUCACUCCACCCGUGGUACAGAGACACAGAUGUCGAAUAUCUGGAGAUCUCCAACAAGCCCCAUCUGAUUUUGUCCAGCAGCUCUCAGAGGCCGGUUGUCUACCAGUGGAACCGGAGCCAAAAGAAGUUUGACCGCAGGACUGAUAUUCCAGAUAUGGAGGACGUCUUCUCUGUCAAACACUUUCGAGUCAAAGGUGAUCUCUUCAUAUGCUUGACAAGAUUCAUCGGGGACUCCCGGGUGAUGCGCUGGGACGGUGCCAUGUUCAAAGAGGUCCAGACAUUUCCCUCCCGAGGCUCCAUGGUGUUCCAGCCUGUCUCUGUCGGUAAAUGGCAGUACGCCAUCUUGGGCAGCGAUUAUUCACUGACGCAGGUCUACCAAUGGGAUACUAAGAGGGGGCAGUUUGUCCCAUCUCAGGAGCUCAGCAUUCAGGCACCUCGGGGGUUUUCUGUGGUCUCCGUUGACAACCGAGUGUUUCUGUUUGCAUCCAGCUUCAAGGGGAAAACUCAGAUAUACGAGCACAUUAUGAUCGAUUUGAGUGAAUAAGCUCGUGUAUAGGAGUGUCUAAAUCAGACUCUUCUUUAUGUCUAUAUGGGCUAUUUUACACCAUCCAGCCUGUUUCAGCUAUUUUUUUAACAUCUUUGUGUUGUCAUCCUCAUCCUUGGGAUGAUCCGAGAUGAGUGAGAAUUUUUAAACUCUCAUCAUGACAGCAGUUCAUGAUGAAACCAAAUGAUUUUUAAUAAUCCCUCCUGCUUCUCUGUCAAGAGUUCAAGCUUUUCCUGUGUUAUCUUCUGUCUGUAGAUGUAUUUCUAUGCUGAUUCUUAACUGAAGCUGAGAACAUGUCUCUUCAGGUCUGCUGACUGGCUGAGAGUCCCAUCUGAGCCUCACAAUGUGACAUGAGAGGCCUUUGGAAACACUUGUCUUGACAAAAAUCUUGUAAAAAAAAACGACAAUCUUUAAAAACCUAGAGGAAUGCUGUUUGUAUUAUUAGCUUCAGUUUUGUAGUUAGCAAUGUUAUGACUAUAGCUUUGUCAUUUAGGUUUGUAACGAGACCAAUAGGGGUGUAACGGUACAUACGCAGCAGUUUGGUACAGAUGUUUUAGAUGGGUACAGUGAACCGACAAUGAAUAAGUCAGUAACAUGUGGUCACUGCUCCCAGCGUGACCACUCGUUUUUUAACAGAUUUUUGCUGACAGCACCUGAAUGCUUUGUUGGUUCAGAAAAACACUCAGAAGCUUGAAGACCUGCCUGUUUAUUUCACAAACAGCUGCAACAGUGGGAGACGAGAGGCACAUAAAUAUGGCAGGCAGUUGCAUCAUAUAAAGUACUGUGGCAAGCUAUUUGUAUUUUUAUUCAGUAUUCAAAAUGAUGUAAUUUUCUCACACUAGGCACUCAUCUAACUGAGAAGUUGGAGUGUUUCAUGUUUUUUUUUUUUCAUUGUUAAUCAGUUGAAUGUUGCUUUUAACUUUGCAUAAAGUCUGGUUCAUAUUAAUGAAGCAAAAACUCCUUGAUUUUUUUAUUUUUAUUUUAAUUAUAUGUUAAGUAAUAUAUUCUUUAGAGUAUUCAAUAUUUCUGUUUUGACAAAUUACGCUUUAUAGUUGAGACUGGAUAAAAAAAACAGUAAAGUAUGGCCUUUUUCAAUUUUAAAGUAAAUUUACCAACUGAUAAAUAAUACCGUGCAGAAUCUGCUGCCAUAUCAACAAGGGUGCUUUUAAUGGUUUUUGUUUCCGUUUCUGGAGAAGUUAUUGUCCAAAAAAAAGGGAUCCUAAUACCAACAUACCAAACCAUGACUUAUGUGUACCGUUACAUCCCUAAAAACAAUAUUCAGUUAAUGGUUAACUUGAUUUCUUCAGUCCCUUUUUUUUCCUAAAGUGAGCUGUGAAACAAACAAAUCAUCCGAGCACUGUGAGAAAGUGAGAGAAACACACACUCAUGGUGUUGGUUUCUGRUGAAUGACGCACUAGAAGCAUCCCACUGUGUUACACUUAUCCCUUUUUCUCCCUCAGCGACAAUACCAUUGUUGUCUUUUACUCCACAACCAAAAGCUAACCACCGCUUCACACACUACCUGUGCUUUCACACCGUCCUCUUACCCUAACACAAAAAGAAGCCAAGUACUGAUGGCACGAAUGCCCUCCAGAACAACAAAUUGCCAAAACAAUAAUGAAAAAAAAAAGCAUUUACUUGUUUACAUGUCUGUAAUUUAUAUUACUUUUGUAGAUGGUUCCAAAAUAUGUGUUAUUUGUAAAAAGCAUCAGAUAAACUGGGGAGAAAAAGUUAAUAAAGUUAGUUUGAUAAAUAGUGUAACACUGUAAUCUGUUACAGAUUUACUUGUCAUUUUUAUCUAGUUUAUUAAAWAUAGAAGAUAUGUAUGUGUCAUUUUGUCUGUUGUGUUUUAUGAACAGUAGUAAUAAAGGAUUAAAUCUGAAA